CGAGCAUCAGCUCCAAGAAAGAAAGCAUGUCAGGCCUGCACGGUCGCCAGAGCCCGCUGCGACCUGGUGCGUCCAAGCUGCUCGAGGUGCGUGGACAGGCAGAUACAAUGCGAAUACUCGACCCCAGCGGCAGCAGGUGCUCGCGUUCAGAGGGCAGCUUGGUCGUCGCCGCCUCCCGCAGUGUCUCAGGAGUUUGCUGAACCAUCGAGUCUAUUGCUUCUAGCCCCCUUGGACGUGUCGCGGAUCCGAGAUCGCUGGCUAGACUACUAUUUCACGCCGACGACAAAGCAGAUCAAAGAAUACCCGGCGCGUAUCAUAGCACUCAUAGCGAGGACACUCUCGGCGUAUCCAGCCAUGUGGAUACGGAACGAGUCCCACGUCCCACCGUUCAUCCAUCCAGCACAGUGCUACCACCAGGAGGUCAUGCCAGAGCCGCUCGCCAACUGCCUCAGCCUCCUGCGGCUGUGCCAGAACGCCGCUGUCGGCAGCGAAGAGCUCGUCCGGGACAGCAUCCUCAGGGAGCUGAGCCGGCUGGUGGCUGUCGUCGGAGAGGAUGUGCAAGACCAGACUCUGAGACAACACCUCUGGUGCCUCUCAGCGCUGCAGGCCUAUCUGCUCCUGUGCUUGUACUCGUAUGCCGCCGUCAAGACCCGACCGAGCCUCGGGAUCUUCGGACCAGACUUGAUUUCGACGUUGCACGGCCUGGCUUCCAAGGUCUCGGCAGCAGGUGUGCUCUGCCUUGAGGAGCUUGGCGGCGGCCCAUCAACCGGUACACCGCCGCCGCGAUGGGAGAGCUGGAUCAUCGCUGAGGCAAAAAGGCGGACAUUAUUCUGCGCGUACAUGUUUGAGGAUGUCUACAACUAUGAGAUGCAGUCCGCCACGUAUCUGGCGGACGAGCUUGCCCCGCUGCUGGCACCUAGUUCCAGGUGGCUGUGGCAGGCCCGUGAUAGGAACUCGUUUGAGGCAGAGUAUGCGGACUGGACGAAGGCAUGGAGCGGGCAGAGAGGACUUGCCAUCUCUGAAUUGUGGCCGAGUGAGGCUAAAGAAGAUAUUGAUGGGGCGAUAAUGGCACAGCGGGCACAAGAGACAAAGGACAGAAUUUCGAGGUGGACUGAAGGUGUUGAUGAGUUUGGCAUGUUGAUACUGGCCGUGUGUACAGCGACUCAC